UUCACUUAAAUCUCACAACAACCCCACGAGGUGGUUGGUACUGGCUAUUGCCAUGGUACGUUUUUACAUGGAAAAAGGAACACACAAAGGUUUAUAUAAAAGUAUUCAGAAGACACUUAAAUUUUUCCAGACAUUUGCCUUGCUUGAGAUAGUCCAUUGUUUAAUUGGAAUUGUACCUACUUCUGUGCUUGUGGCUGGGGUCCAAGUGAGUUCAAGAAUCUUCAUGGUGUGGCUCGUUACUCACAGUAUAAAACCAAUCCAGAAUGAGGAGAGUGUGGUGCUUUUUCUGGUCGCGUGGACGGUGACAGAGAUCACUCGCUACUCCUUCUACACAUUCAGUCUUCUCGACCACUUGCCAUACUUCAUUAAAUGGGCCAGAUAUAAUUUUUUUAUCAUCUUAUAUCCUGUUGGAGUUGCUGGUGAACUUCUUACAAUAUAUGCUGCCUUACCAUAUGUGAAGAAAACAGGAAUGUUCUCCAUAAGACUUCCCAAUAAAUACAAUGUCUCUUUUGACUACUAUUAUUUUCUUCUUAUAACCAUGGCCUCAUAUAUACCAUUGUUUCCACAACUCUACUUUCAUAUGUUACGUCAGAGAAGAAAGGUGCUUCAUGGAGAGGUGAUUGUUGAAAAGGAUGAUUAAAUGAUCCCCACAACAAGGUGCUUUUUCCAGAAUAACCAGGAUUACUUGAGUCCAAGUUUUAAUAACAAGAAUAAACAACUUGAUAAAUAUUGCGGGUUGUAUUAUUUCUUAAACUAUAACUUGGGGCACGUUGUAUUUGCCAAUAUUUGUCUUCAGAUUGUGCUGCUCCAUUUGCUACAAGAACUAUGCAAGUAUUUAAUAUAAACUCCUGGGUAGGUGAUGAUCAUCAAAAAAAAUAAUUGGGUAUAUUACCUGGGGUGGAGUGGGGGAAAAGCUUCAGUAGUUUUUAAGUUUCACUAAGUAAUUUUUGCUACAUAGGUUCAAAGCUUUUUACAUCAAUAUUUAAAAAUUAGUUUAAUGAUUUAAAGUUAUGAUGCCUGCCAGUGAUAUUUGUGUGAUAUUUAUAAAUGAAACUAAAUACAGAAUUAUAAUAACUUGUUAAUAAUGUAUUGGCAUUUCUUGAACCCAGGGUCUAUUUCUCUGAAGUAUAACAGGUAACAUUUUUGAUUAAUAACAGUUUUUGGAAAUGUGGACAUAAUUUGCUAGGAUAAAUCUUUUGAUUUAGAUAAAGUAGCCAUAUAAAAGUCAAAAAUAUUCAAGAAAAUGUCACAGUUGGAAAAUAGUCUUUAGAAAUGUGUUUAGGCCAUUGAAAUUACUGCUAAGCACAUUUAUUUUCAUUUGAACUGACUACCCAAGGUCAACCUUUCCAACUGUAAGGAUUUUAACAGAUUAGAAAGAAUAUAAGUGUAUACCUAGUUUCACUUGUAAGAAGGAAAAUGAGAUUAUUGAGGUUGAUGGUCACACGGGGUCUGUUACAUUGAGAACUCUGGCUGGAAAAGGCUGCUCUACACUGUGGGAUCAUCUAAUAAAAUUCAUCCUGUGAUACACCUUUGUGGUACUUAGGUAACAGAAAUUUUAGGAUAUGAUCUGAAAUAGACUUAUUUUAUUCUGAAUUUUGUUGACCAGUAAAAGUCUUAUAAUAAAGCUUCUGUUCACAUGUUUAAUAGAAAGAUACACUGAAGAUAAUCUAAUCAUGCUUUUAUUCUUAAGUAUAGCCUUUAAAAUUUUCCCCUCUAAUAUUAAGAUAUAUUGCUUUCCUGACCUGUUUUAAAGAGGAUUUUAAAUAUGUGACUUUAAAAGAAAAGGAAUUUUUUGCUUGCUAUAGAUGUGUAGGUAUAAUUUUGGCUUUAAUUGUUCUGUAUUGUUUCCAUUUACAGUCGACAUGUAACUUUUCACUUUUCAGAAUUGCUUGUUUUGUGUUAUCACUUCCUCUUCAAAUGAUUUCAUCUGGAAAUUUGUAGUUCAGAAUAGUUUUGCAGACUUACAUCUUAGAUAACUUGAUUUUUAAAAGGUGCUAUUUCUUUUAUUACAUUUUAAUAUUUUCUCUGUAAUAUUAGGUUACUAAUUUUCAAAAAUGCUGACAUUCAUUCUGUAUUUAUUUGACUUUGAUUGUUUUUAUCUUGAAUUUUUAUAUGGAAGAAAUUUUCAGAGACUUUUCCCCUUUGGUAACAUAGUACAAGAAGUUCACAUGUUUAUCCAAUUAGAUGCCUGUCUUAUGAAAAGUAUUUUCAGUCUUCUUCCUAAAAUUUGCAUUAAUUCACCUUGUAUGCCUAACCAGCAGAUUUCAUGCUCUUUUUUCCCCUUUAAGUGAUGGAAUAUCUUGAAGUAGAAAUUGUGAUCAACUUUAAUAAAAAUGCAAUACAUCAGACUA